CCCACUGCUCCUCCCCUCGGCUCGCCACGCUGCAAGGCUGGGAGCUCUCGGGGGCUCUCCCUGGUCCCUCCCUCUCCUCCUCCCUCGUCCUCGACGCCUCUCUCUCUCUCUUUCGCUCGGGCGCCGAGGAGAAGUCUUGCGCGCUCCUCCGCGCGCCCUCUUUCGCUUCCCUUGCCCGUCCGCCUGUCUGUGCGCGCCCUCGAUCACAUGGUGCUUCGAGAAAUGCUCCAAAGAUGGCGGUAGCGGCGGCCGGAGGGGGAGGCGGCGUCGGCCGGGUGCAGCGCAGUGGCGCGCUGGAAGUUUUGGUGCGCGACCGGUGGCACCGGGUGCUGGUGAGCCUGAGCGACGAGGCGCUGGUGCUGAGCGCCGACGAGGGGGGCGCUCCCGCCGCCGCCGCCUACAACGGCAUCGGGGCGUCGGGCAGCAACGGCAAUGGGACUUUCUGCAGCGGGGCAGCGCUGGGUCCGGCGUCGGGGGGCGCCUCGGCCGCCUGCAGCCUUUCCGGCGGGGGUUCUCCGGACGGGGUGCGCACGGCUUUCACCGACCUGCCCGAGCAAGUCCCCGAAGCUAUCUCCAACAAGAAGCGGUGCGUCAAGGUGCUGAAGCAGGAGAUGGGCGGGCUGGGCAUCAGCAUCAAGGGGGGCAAGGAGAACAAGAUGCCCAUCCUGAUCAGCAAGAUCUUCAAAGGGCUGGCCGCCGACCAGACCCAGGCGCUCUACGUCGGGGAUGCCAUCCUGGCCGUCAACGGCACGGACCUGCGCGACGCCACCCACGACGAAGCGGUGCAAGCGCUCAAGAGGGCGGGCAAGGAGGUGGCGCUGGAAGUGAAGUACAUGAGGGAAGCCACCCCCUACGUCAAGAAAGGGUCUCCGGUUUCCGAAAUCGGCUGGGAGACGCCCCCACCCGAAUCUCCACGGCUGGGGAACGCGGCCACCGACCCCCUGUCGCAGCUGUCCCUCUCCAUCCACAGAGACAAGAAGACGAUCCCGCUCAAAAUGUGCUACGUUACGCGGAACAUGGCCGUGUCGGACCCAGAAAACAGGCUCGUAGAAGUUCAUUCGCCAGAUGCCAGGCACACCCUGGUUCUAAGGAGUAAGGAUUCCGCCACAGCGCAGGCCUGGUUCCACUCCAUCCACUCCUGCGUCAGCGAUCUCAUUCCUAAGGCCAUCUCGGAGGUCAAAGAUCAGCUGGGCAAAGCAGGAAUUGCUGGAGCUCGAGAGAUCAGGCACCUUGGCUGGCUCGCAGAAAAGGUGCUGGGAGAGAACGAGAGGCAUUGGAAAGCUGUGCUUGUUGUACUGACUGAGAAGGAUCUCUUGAUGUACGAGAGCAUGCCACGGAUCAAAGAGGCUUGGUUCGGUCCUCUUCAUUCAUACCCUCUGCUGGCCACCAGGUUGGUACAUUCAGGACCCGGGAAAGGCUCCCCCCAGGCCGGGAUGGAUUUGUCCUUUGCUACCCGUACGGGUACACGGCAAGGAAUUGAAAGCCAUCUCUUCAGGACGGAGACCGGCAGAGACCUCUCGCUGUGGACGCGGAGCAUAGUUCAGGGUUGUCACAACGCUGCAGAACUCUCAAUGGAAAUCACUACCGCUUGCACCUACAAAAGCCAGGAAUGCCGUCUGACCAUUCAUUACGAACACGGAUUCUCCCUCGCAGCUGAACCCCAAGAUGGUGCCUUCCCCAAAACCAUUUUACAGUUUCCUUACGAGAAGCUAAAAAUGUCCUCGGACGAUGGGAUUCGGAUGCUUUACUUAGACUUUGGAGGAAAGGAAGGAGAAAUUCAACUGGACCUUCACUCUUGUCCAAAGCCAAUUGUGUUCAUCAUUCAUUCAUUCCUUUCGGCCAAGAUUACAAGACUUGGGUUGGUAGCAUAAGCACAGUCUGAAGGAAAAACGGAGGAGCUGCCUGCACAAUCUAAAUGGCAAGGGACACCUCGGCAACAGUAGAAGCUGCUAGGGAUAUAUAUAUAUAAAUAUUCUGCACAGGAGCAAUGCCCACAUUUGGACCAGCUACAAAUACAGAGCACAGAAAGGCGGAAGAGUUGCUGAGACGUUCAAGAGCAGGACAUUUGCUUCGACUAACACACUGCAGGGGAAACAAAACUGAUGGCUUGUAAAUAAAAUAAAUAAAUAAAUAAUUGAAGGAGUAAAUAGCUUAAUACUACAGCGUGGCAUUUCCAGUAUACAUAACUGUGCCUGUAGCAGUGCUAAGAGACCAGUGGUUUUCAAACUGGGCUCUGAGAAACUGUGGGAUCCCUCAGAUAGAAAAUCAGCAAUGCGAGAACAGCUCCCCUGAAGUCGUACCAUUUUCUGUGGCGUCGCCCAGCCGCAGUGGAGCAACGGUCAACUUUGGGGUGCCCCUCUCUGUUUAUGUAGCAUGACAACUGCUCCCCACAGAUGGGGCUGGCAGUCUUUGUGGACUGAUAAAAGUGUGUCCCAAAACAUCCCAGAAAUCUGCAGCCCAUUGUGGGUGAGGAGAAUCGGUUGAACACAGAUGUGGGCAGGAGUUCUGAGAGUAUGCAGUUUGAAAACCACUGAUGAGUGAAAAUAAGGGCUAGGCAGAUAGCAGAGCACAGCAUUUUAUCCACAGAAGAUCUGGUGAAAAGUUGUCAAGAUCUUGUGCACCCGUGGACUUUGUCUCCGCUGAGCCAUCUUUCCGUUUUCAGAAAACUCCACUUUCCUGCCAUUAAUGCACCAGCCAGAGUAGUUUGCUUGUCCGGACAAAGGUGGAAAUGGUUUGGAAAUCUAGUUCUCUGUGAACAUUGCACGAAAGGGCACUAUUCCCAGGUGGAGAGGUCAGACUGUGGCAGUGUUGCCAAGCCAGACCGGAGCAGGGGGAAACCUCAGAAUUGUCCUUAAGUACUGUAGCUUAAGGGUUACAAUGGCCACAUGUAACAUUCGGCUGUAGAAGCCGCUGUGGCCAUUCAGUUAAUAAAUCCAAGCCAACUUUCGUAAAAUGGAGCUGCUCAGUUAACAGUAAUAACUUGUGGUGAGAGAAACAGUCUAUAUGAAAUUAUGUGAUGCAUUUCAAAUCGUUUUACUCUAAAGACAUUGAAGGCAGCGAAGAUCCUUCUGGGAGAAUUUUAAGAUGGGGAGGCUCAUUUUGAAUUGAGCUUCGGCUAAAGGUCCUUCAGUGGUGAUGCUUUCCGCUGAUAGGCUUCCCAUGAGCCAAGGCACAAGGGAAAGGUUCUUUAAUUCCUUCCUUUACACAACAAACUUUGGCAACCUUUUAUUAUGCCAUUUCACUCGCAUUUGCUGGCUUCUUGACCCAAGUAUAGAUCUGAACAGCUGCAGUGUUCAGCAGCACUCGGGAGCAGCCAAUUGCCAUGGCAAAGUACCGUUUUAUUGGGCUGGAGCAGACCCAGGGAAGCAGGUGGACUUAAUUCAGUCAUGACUAACUUGUCCAUUGAUGUCAGUGGGUCUCCUCCGAGUAUGACUUGGUUGGAUACGACCCACAAAGAAUCCUGCUUGAAUGCAGUCUUCCAAAUGCAUCAACACUAAAACCCUAUCUUGUACACACACACACACACACACACACACACACACACAAAGAGGCAGAAAAUGUGAUCGGGAGACCCUGAGCUGGUGGCUUUCAGUAUAACAAUUAUCCUUAUUAUUCAAGCUUCCUGGAACACUGCUCAUUUUUUCGAUGUUGAUUCCUUCUGACAGACAAAAGGGAGCUCAGUUGUGUUUACAUUUUAAUUGUGUUCCCUGGAAGUGGGGCACGGCAACUAAAUCUCUUUUUGGAGUUAUUUUUGUACACGGGGAAAAAUACAUUGUUUUAUAUACAGAAGAUACCAAACGGGAUCCGUAUUACGGCGCAGAUCUUAACCAUGGCUAACGGAGCAAAUGUUGCUAAGCACAUCAUGCACUUAACUUCAUCCAGAACUGAGCAUUAAGCCAGAGUUUCCUAACCAGGGUUUGAAGCUAAUAAUAAAACCCUGGUUAUAGAGUAUUUGCUUAGUAUUAAUAACAGCUAUGCCUGAUACUGGUGUAAUUGUUAUUGAUGGUAAAUGCAGGCUUGGUGCAGGCAGGGGAGGGAAAGUACUGAAGCCCUUGAGAAGGGAGGGAUAUGAUAAUAGCGGUCUUCCAAAAAGAGGUCUAACACACAACCCCUUUCUGUCAAUGUAGUAUUUCCCUGAUCUAGGGCCCCAUGUCCCACUCCAGUGCGCACAGAAGACUCUAUGGGCUUCCAUGUUUCACUUGAAUGGACUUAGGAGUGGAAUGUAUCCAGGGUUAGGUCUCGUUCCUGCAUUUAAAGCAUAGGAACACCUUUGCAGGUAAGAGAUCUCCGUAAGUGGAAUAAGGGUGUCCAUGUCAGUUGAAGGAUGAUAGAGGGAUAUGUGAGGCUGGGCUGAUUUUUUUUCCUUUUGUGAAAAAUAAAGGAACAUGCAAAUAUGCAGAUGGAGAGCCAUCAAUCCAUGCACUUGCCAACGUCACGCAAAAUGCAAGUCCUUCGUUCAAUACAACUGAAACUGCAAAGGGAGAGCGUUUAUGGAUUUGAAUGACAGAAAAUAACCCAGAAUUACUGCGUAUUAUAGGGAAAGUAAAUGCAGGUGUAAAUUAUACUGUCCCUAAACACUUUUUUAAAAAAAUCACUGGAAUGUUAUAGAUAUACCUGCAUUGUAAAUAAUCAGAAUUUAUCUAUUAGUUAUCAAUUAAUAAGUAACACAGUAUGUCGUGUAAUUUACGGUGCUCAGAUUACAAUAUAAAGAAUAAGUGAAUAAUUUGCAAAGAGAAAAAAAUGUUAUAUAUUUAUAGACAAAUUAAAUACAGAUUUUGGAUCGACUCGUAUUUGGUUGGAGUUGAUAGAACGAAUUAUACGGCGCUACUCAAGAUUUGUAAGAAUUUAGUUUAAAGUAUUUAUAUUUUAGAGGAAAAAAUACUAUAUUUAAUAAAAAAUUCAUUUACUGGA